UGCCUUUGCCUCCGGCCGGAGCCCUGAGGAUCUCGGAUGUGACUCACAGCUCCAUGCGGCUGAACUGGGACGCGGCUCCUGGAGCCGUGCGCAAAUACAUCGUCACCUACAAGCCGGAGGAGGGAGACCUGAAAGAGGUGGAGGUGGAGGGGGACGUGACCACGCUGGGCCUGACGCGCCUCAUCUCGCAGACCGAGUACGAUGUGGCCGUCACCCCCGUGUACGACGCCGGGCCCGCCAACCCCAUGUUGGGCACCGCCAUCACAGACGUGGUUCCGGCCCCUAAGAGCCUUCGGUUCUCGGAGGUGGCCCAGACCUCGUUCAGAGCCUCCUGGGAGCACGGCGCCCCCGACGUGGCGCUUUACCGCAUCGGCUGGGCCAGGAGGGGCCAAACAGACUUCCAGUUCGUGGAGAACAGCCAAGGAAACUCUGAUUACAUCAACGCCAGCCCCAUCAUGGAUCACGAUCCCAGGAACCCGGCCUACAUCGCCACUCAGGGCCCGCUGCCCUCGACAGUGGCCGAUUUCUGGCAGAUGGAUCACGAUCCCAGGAACCCGGCCUACAUCGCCACUCAGGGCCCCCUGCCCUCGACAGUGGCCGAUUUCUGGCAGAUGGUUUGGGAGAACGGCUGCGUGGUGGUGGUCAUGCUCACGCCUCUGGUGGAGAGCGGGGUGAAGCAGUGCUACCACUACUGGCCUGACGAGGGAUCCAACCUGUACCACAUCUACGAGGUGAACCUCGUGUCCGAGCACAUCUGGUGCGACGACUUCCUGGUCCGGAGCUUCUACCUGAAGAACAUGCAGACUAACGAGACGCGCACCGUGACCCAGUUCCACUUCCUGACCUGGCUCAACCAGAACGUCCCCGAGACCAGCCGGACACUGCUGGACUUCCGCAGUGAUGGUUCGGGACGGACCGGGACCUACAUCCUGAUCGACAUGGUCCUCAACAAGAUGGCUAAAGGCGCCAAGGAAAUCGAUAUCGCUGCAACGCUGGAGCACCUGCGGGACCAGAGGCCGGGGAUGGUCCAGACCAAGGACCAGUUUGAGUUUGCGUUGACGACCGUUGCCGAGGAAGUGAACGCCAUCCUGAAGGUCCUCCCCCAAUAG